AUGCAUGGUAGUGCCCCUCGCUGGAAGCUGCAGGCGCACAGAGCUCAACUCCAGAUGCUGCCCGGGUUGCCACAUCCUGACCGUUAUCCCCCUGCAGUGCUGCGUUCACUUGUGAGUGUGCACGGCCCUGAAUGGGAACCACCUGUGACAGAGCAGAAAGGCUCGAGAGCUGUUGGUAAUGAUGCCAUGUCAGUGCGCACGGCUGUUGGGGCCAGCCUUAGAGGCGUUCCUCCUGUGGAUCAACAAGUGCAGGUCCCGGCACAGAGCCGCAUUCAUCGCAGGAGCUGGGAACCCGAAAGUUUCUGGCUGCCGAGCCGAAGUCGCACAUUCAAAACCGAGGCUGACCGCCACCAAAUCCGUUCUUCGAAAGAGGAAGGGAGUUUAAACUGCAAGGGAAAUAAAAGCCGGAUCUGCCCCAGUCAGAGGUGGAGUGUGUAACCCCCCAGUGGUCUGUGGUCUUCUCCCAAAGUUGAAAAAUGAGUGUAAGCACCAGUGACCUGGAGGACUUGUGGGAGUCAUUUGGAGAACUGAACUUCUCUGAAACCUUUAGCAACAUCACAAGCGUGGAUGCAAUGAUGUGUGCCACGACGUUCAACCGCAGAGCUCUGCUGUACUCCAUGUGUGUGCUCUACACCUUCAUCUUCAUCGUCGGCCUGGCGGCCAACGCUCUGGUUCUGUGGGUGAACGUCCGGGCUCAGAGAGACUCCACCCCUCGCCACGAAACCCACAUGUACAUCGCUCACCUCGCCGUCGCGGAUCUGUGUGUGUGCGCCACUCUUCCCAUAUGGGUGAGCUCCCUGGCCCAGCAUGGCCACUGGCCAUUUGGCGAAGCGGCGUGUAAGCUCACGCACCUGCUGCUCUCCGUCAACCUCUUUGGCAGCAUCUUCUUUCUGGCCUGCAUGAGCGUGGACCGCUACAUAAGCGUGGCGCUGCACCGGGACGAGGGAGGCGCCCGCAGGAAGCUGAUCCGCCGCUGUGUAUGCGUGGGGGUGUGGCUUCUGGCCCUGGUGGCCUCCCUGCCAGACACUUACUUCCUGCACGUCAUGAAGUCGUCACAUGGGGACACCAUGCUGUGCAGGCCUGUGUAUCCAGAGGAGAACUCCAGGGAAUGGAUGGUGGGAGUGCAGCUGACCUUUAUCCUGCUGGGCUUUGUGCUCCCCUUUCCGGUCAUUGCGAUUUUUUAUGCCCUGCUCGCCAGAGCUUUCGCCCGCUCCCCUUCUCCAUCAUCAUCCUCCCCGGUGGAGCAAGAGCGUCGUGUGAGUCGCAGGGUGAUUCUGGCCUACAUCGUGGUUUUCCUGGCCUGUUGGGGGCCAUACCAUGCUGUCCUCCUGGCUGACGCCUUGUCCCAGCUGGGCGUGGUACCUCUGACUUGCGGCCUGGAGAAUGUGAUCUAUGUGGCCUUACACCUCACACAGUGCCUGUCCCUGCUCCACUGCUGCUUCAACCCCAUCCUCUACAACUUCAUCAACAGAAACUACCGCUACGAGCUCAUGAAGGCCUUCAUUUUCAAAUAUUCCACUCGGACGGGAUUGGCACGCCUCAUCGAAACUUCUAACAUGUCCGACACUGAGUACUCUCCUGUAGCUGUGGAGAACCCACCGCAGACCUAAAAGACAAAAACAUAAAUGACUCUAAAGCAGUGGGAAGUUCUGCCCUGCCCAAACUAAUCCAGCAACAUUUUUACAGAAAUCUGCUUUAGUGCUAGAAAAAAAAAAUCUAAAUGGCCAUCUCUGACUUUAAAGCACUUAAAACAGCUUGUCACAACAGUUGAUUUUAAAAUCAUAUAGACAUAUUCAUUAUAGUUGUAAAGCCAAAACAAAGACUGCAAACUGAAUGAAAUAAUUGCUUUUACUAUGUAAGUGUGAAUGUAUUCUAUGUGAGUUUGUGUGAUUGUAUGCGUAUGUGUGUGUAUGUAUAUCAUAAGUAAUGUAUAAUAAUAGUAACAGCUGAGUAAUAUCCUUUUAUCUAGUUGUAUUUAUAUAGUUUUAAACUUUUUUUUGCUGCCUUUCAUGUUGUAAUGUAAAGUCUUCACACACUGAUGUCUGCUCAGUGCUCCAUAUCGCACAACACUGCCUCAUCAUUCCUAGCUGAGCCACUGACUGGCUCUGUGCUUUAGUCCUGCUGUCACAUUAUGAAUCAUAACCUCAUGUUGCAUCAGCUGAAGCCUCCAGAAACAUUAUUCAAGAAGAAGCCAAUUAGAUUAGUCUUUUUUUUUUCAUGUAGCACGCUCAUUUGCUGUUUUGCUUCCUACGAAAAUGAUAAGAAUGAUAUCAAUCACAUGUCUACAAAGUAAACAGGAUGCUGCAGGAAGAUGUUAAUUGGUUUAUUUUGGCUUAGCUUAGCUUAGCCUACUGGGAUCAUUCCAUCAGUAUCUCAAAUUCUUCUUGUCGAUCUAAAUGUCUCAAAACAUCGUCUGGAGGCUGCAGCUAUGACUACUGAUCCUGAAAAGCAAAGAAAUAGAGCUCCAGACUUCCCUGAUGGAGAUUUUAUUGGUUAAGGCAUUUUUCUCUGCUGUGUACUUAAUUUAUAUUAGUACCAUAGUGAAAGAGAUACACACAUAUCUGUCUCGUUAAUUUUUCUAUCAGCAUGCGGGCCACAGACAGCUCAGUCUUUACAAGAAAAUAAGAAGAAUAAAUUGUUUAACUUCUUUAAUCCAGGCAGCAGCUGUGGUGUGCAACAUAUUAGAGAACAACUUACAAAAAAAAAAAACAUCAAUGCAUUGUGAGUAGUAUGCGCAUGUGUGGCUACACCAAAGCUUGACACAAACAGAUGGAGUUUUAUGUGUCGUAAACUUUGAUUCGAACACUUUGCUCACUUUAUUAUUUUGUCUCGCUGACACAGAGCGUUGUGGGUCCUACGAAUUGUUACACACGAUUGUACUCUGAAAAGAUUCCAUGUUGUGAUUAGAAGAGAGUGGAGCCUAACAAGUCUCUACAAGAAUUGAGGUGUUCCUUUUGACUUUGUAAUGUAUUUUGUGUGUUUUGUUAUAUAUUAAAUAUACAGAAAA